AUGAAGAAAGGCUGUCCGGAGGAGCUACAGGCAGCCUGGGAGCUGGACCAAAGCUCAGGGCCAACCAGGAAGCAGUUCAAGCACUUAGAUGGAGGGGUCCUUGUGAUGGCAGGAGAGGUCCAAGAGUCAGAAUUUAACAGGCCUUCACACUGGCCUCGCCAGCCCAGACUGACAGAAGCAUCUCUUAGCACCUCUCCCCUGGCCUCCAUAUACCCCUCAGGAGGGAAGGGACAGCUCACAGCAACUCAGGCCCUCCUCACAACCCUUCUUUUAUGCCUUUCCCCAUACCUGUCCUACCUGCUGGGUGAGCUUGAGCCUGCAGACACUGGGCAGUUGCCAGUUAAUGUGGCAGCUUUGAAAGCUUCCUGGAAGCCAGUGGAAACGCUGACUCCGCUGACUCCAAGCCGUUCUUGGCAGGAUGAGAGUGACAGACUCUUCCUACUUGCAGGUCUGAUUCGCGUUGUGGCCUUCGUCUUCACCAUGGUUGCCAUGUGGGUCUUUCUCCGCAGCUACGUCAGCUUCAACAGGAAAACCAUCCGUCUGCCACGCUGGCUGGGUGUGCCCCCCAAGGAGAUUCGGGUCCCGAACACCAAGUGUGGGCUCAGCAAGCCCUGCCUAGACAACUUCUUCGCAUUUAAACUCAGCAGUGGGGCUGCCAACGUCGUGGGCCCCUCCAUGUGCUUUGAAAAUGAAAUUAUCAUGAGUCCAGUGAGAAACAACGUGGGCAGAGGCCUGAACAUUGCGCUGGUGAACGGAUCCACAGGACAGGUGACGAAAAAGAGCAGCUUUGACAUGUACUCUGGAGAACCCAAACCCCUGAUAGAGUUCCUUGAAGAAAUUCCAGAUAGCACACUGGUGCUGGUGGCCUCCUAUGAUGACCCAGGCACGAAAAUGAAUGACAAAAUCAGGAUGCUCUUCUCCAACCUGGGGAGUUCCUACGCAAAUCAGCUGGGCUUCCGGGACAGCUGGGUCUUCUUAGGUGCCAAAGACCUCAAGAAUAAAAGCCCAUAUGAGCAGUUCUUAAAAAACAACCCAGAAACAAACAAAUAUGAAGGCUGGCCGGAGUUACUAGAGCUGGAAGGCUGUGUGCCACGGAAGGUGUUUUAGAGUGGCCACGGCCGGAAAGACACGCCCAACUGACUUAAGAGCCAGCCGUGCUCAGGUUUGCUGGAUCUGUGCUGAUGGGAGCUGACUAGGGAGGAAGAAAGGGAGAAGCCAUAUGAGAUGCGCUGACCAUCCCACACACAAUGUGACUCUCUUCUCUGAGGAAACAACAGCUUCCCACACCCCACAGUGACCAGCCUGGGGAAGAGCAGCUGCACAGGGCUGCAGAACCAGCUGGGAUGGACACAAGUGAGACCUUCCAAGGCCGCCCCUGGUGUCUCCAGAAGGACUGGCUGCCUACACUUGAGCAGGAUUAAAUUCUAUUUUUGCUGAUUUU